CAGCUAGGAAGAGGCCUUUCCCUGACUGAAUGACGAGCGAGAUGAUUAUCUGUAUUUUGUUGUACGUCUUUUGCGGGAAUGAGAUGAAAGGUGCAUAUACCAACACAGUAUAUCUGUCUCCCGCAAAAGUUGUCGCCGUGGAGAAUACAAGUGUUACACUAACGUGUUCAAAGACAAAUGGACCACUCCUGGAAACUCGGUGGAGUAACUCACAGAUUGAACACCAAAACGCAAAUCUUUAUCUAAACAAUGGGCAAUGCACGAUGACAAGAUUUUUGAAAGACAGUGACCUUUUUGAUGGUAUAUGUAAUGGUAAUGGAACCUAUUCUGUACUUCUCAAAAGAGUAGACCGAUUACAACAUGUUGCUAUAUGGAGAUGCAGAGAGGUCAUAGAAUAUAGUAAUGGAGUCACCAUUAAUGCAUUAGUUCCUGUAUCAUCAGUUGAGAUAACGCCAUUGGAAAACAGAGACGACACAAUAAUGGAAAACACAAGUACGACGUUUCAAUGCAAGGCUUCAGCAAGCCGACCAGUACCAACUAUUUCCUGGUUCCUUAGAAACCCGAGUUAUCCAGAUCUUAUUAACAUUACAAAUGAAACAAGACAAUCCCAUCUGUUCACUUAUAGCGAUACCGAACUUACAGAAGUAAUAAGUAUACUAAACUAUACUUUCAAUAGAAAUUUUAAUGGAUGGUUCAUAUACUGUGUAGCAUCAAAUCUUCCUAGUCGGAAUGUUACAUCUACGAAAAAUGAGCUGAAUAUAUCGUUUCCACCUGACGGACAACCGACAAUAACCGGCAUAAAACAUGACAGCAUCUACCGCAUUGUCGAAAACGAACAAGGGACUUUAUCUUGCUCUGUGACCGGAGGAAACCCUGUGGCAACAUUAAAGUGGCAGUGUUUCAAUAGCAAUGUUUCAGACAUCAGAAAAAAUAGAAGCGUCACAAGUAAUGUCACGUGGACCGCUCAACGUUACCAACACAACAAGUCAUGUAAAUGUGUUUCAAAACAUGCGUUUGGAGAGAAUACAGUGUCCGUAAUUGUCGCGGUUUUGUAUCCGCCUGACACGCCUAGAUUUAGAAUAGGUGAUGACUAUAUCAGUCGAGUAGUUCAAAUGGUACAGAACAAUUCACUGAUUCUUGUUUGUGAAACAAACAGUAAUCCAGAUUCAGAAUACUCGUGGAACAAUAAAAUACCAGGUCAAAUAUUAAGUGUUUCCAGUGUUCAAAAUCAAGAUGCAGGAGAUUACAUCUGCAAUGUGAACAAUACAAUGAUUGAUUCACAUGGAGUAACGUAUUCAGGAAGCAACACUGCGAGUAUAACACUGCAAUUACUAUCUCCAGCGAAAGUAGGCAACAUGACAAACAUUACUAUCAACGAAGGAAGAACUUUCAAUAUCACUUGUCCUGUAAUACCUGGCAACUCUCUGAUUACAAGUGUGAUAUGGUCAUCAGGAGGAGCGUUUGUAGCCUCCAACAGCCGUAUUAUAUAUAUACCAAAUAUUUCAAGAGAUGACGAUAGGAUUUAUAUAUGUUCCAUCAAAUCAAAGAUGAUACCAAGCAUAGGCCCGACAGUAGAACAAAUUACACACGGACAAUUUCAUCUCAUCGUGAAUUAUAAAGCAUCAGUUUUGCAAUUCUAUGUUGGAGGGUCAACGGAGAAAAACAACUAUACAGUAAAUGAGACCGAUAACGUGACAUUCUGGUGUAACAUUGAAAGCAAACCUCAGCCUAAUAUAAGUAUAUCUCAUAAUGGCAAGGUACUCCACGUAUCUGUUGGCAACAAUAGUGUAGCCUAUACAAGGAACAAUAUACAGUGUAAUGAUUUCGGCAAAUAUAUUUGUUCAGGCAUGAACGAAUACAAUAAUGGAACACCUUCAGCAAGAAAUCUAACCAUUAAUGUUAACUGCUCACCUCGUCCUUCUCCUUUCGUUGAACUGAGGAAGAGGGUAAAUGGGCUAAAACAUUUCCCAGCAACACUGAGAUUUACAGCGCUAGCAUUUCCCGAGCCAGGUCCGUCUGGAUUUACCUGGUAUUACUUAAAUGGAUCAAGUAGGAUUACACUUACAAACAGUCACAAUGUGGCGAUUUCAAGUUUAUUUUCACAGUCCAGGUUGACCAUAAUAAACGUAACACAGUCAAACUAUGGACAGUAUUUUCUAAGGAUAGCAAACCCACAUGGUGUUUUUGAGCAGAGAUUUAUCUUGGAGCCAUAUGUUUAUUCAACUUAUUCAUGCAAUCUUGCUGAUUCAUUAAACACCGGGGCUUUUCUUGGUGUAGGAUUUGGUACUUUCGUAACCACCCUUUUUAUAGUUGGCAGUGUUUUGGUCGUUUACAAAUAUAUGAGACGGAGACAUAAAAAACAACGAUCUGGUCAUAAUACCCAAUGUCGAUAUACGGAAAGAACUACAUCAUCUACUAAGAAAAAUAAAGAAACAAUAGAACAUGAGCAGAUAGCAAUGAGCCAAGCAGAGAUAAGGGUUUCUGCUGCAAUCAAUGGAGAAGCCGCAGAAGAAAAUGACUCUACACCAAAGUAUGAAGAAUUAGACAUGAAACAAAAAGACAGAGACCAGUAUAGUCAGCUUCCUGCACUAUAUGAGAAAACGGCUGAUGUCACAAGAUGUAGAAAUACAGACAUGAUUAUCAAAAACACCGAAACAAGCCGGGAUAUACAAGACUAUAUAAAUAUCAGAAUAUAAAAACACUAAUUUUCAGUCUCUUAUAAAUGAAUACGUAUUUGUAAACAUAAGCCGUUUUCCCUACAAUCGAUGUGGAUAAUGCUGUAUUCAGAGAUAAGUGUGUUUGGAAAUAAGAAUUUUGUCUUACACAGUAUUACACGAUAGCAAUAAUAGUAAUGUAUCAUUAUUUAAGUCUCAACUAUAUACAUACAUAAGAUACAAGUAGUUAUUGUAUAUUUACAACAUAUCAAAUGUAUAUUGCAUUCCUUACUGGAAACAUAGAGACUAUCACAGGUUAUAAUUAAAAGCAUAAAGUACAUUAUAUGAACAGAAUAAUAACUAUACUUACAAACACUAAAUACAUAUCUACAUGGUGUAAAACAGGAGAAGCGUUGCUAAGUGACAACUGCCUUGAAAAACAUGAUUAGAAGCUGAAAAUGAAUGAAAGGUUAUGAAUGAAAAGUAUCAUUGAUGAAAGGCAACACAAAACACGUUGAUCAGAUGACAAUGAAUCGGAUUAGCAAAGUUAUCUCAGACGACAUAAAAUUUCAAUCUGUCAAUUUGAACAUUGCUCAUUAUGAAUAUACUGUAUACUAGUUGAUGAUAUACAUAUAAAAUAAACGGGUUUGUAUUAUAAGAUUGCAGGUUUUUGUCCAAGGUUGGUAUCUGAGUUUGAAACCAUGAAGUUAAAUAUAUCAAAGUAACGUGUCAUUACAUACUGCUGCACGAUUAGGCAAUUGUUCUCUUACACUACAUUGCACUGGGCAAUGAAAUAAAACAUGGUAUUCAAUUUCAACAUAAUUACAGAAGGGAUGUAUUCUAUCGUUGAUUGGUAACUAUACGUUGAUUGACCAGAGUUGCGUUCAAAGCUAACACACGCGGCCAGUAAAGUGAGGCAGACGACAGAUAUUUUUAAUUAUCACCAAAUAUACUAUAUCAUUAGCAUAACUAGAAAAAAGGUCUGUUAUGUACUGUAUUAAUGCAAAGAAAAGGUACGGGAACCCCAUAAUGGUAAACUUCAACUAAAAGUCUUGUAACUGGCCAAACAA